AUGCAGGCUGAUCCUGCCCUUCCUGGAGGCCCCGUCAGCCGCACAACCCGGAAGCCAACCUCGCCUACGCUCUCAAGGCUUCCUGCUUUAGAAUCAGAUGUGGCCAAGACCAGUCAGCACUUUUUAAGAAGCAAGAGGAUGACCCCUGGUCCCCAGCCCAGGGGCCCUGGGAGCCCGGUGCUCUUUGACCCCUCCCGCUCCCCACCACCCAGCUUCUCUGGCCCCUGCCUGACGGGCCCCGCCACAGCCAGCCACAUACAGUCGCACCCCCUCCAGUCGUACCCACUCUACCAGGUGGGUGGCCCCCAGCUCCGCGUGUUCCGCACCAACUUCUUCAUCCAGCUGGUGCGGCCUGGCUCGGCCCAGCCCGAUGACACCGUGCAGUUCCGGAUCCCCCUGGAGAUGACCAGGGUGGACCUCAGGAACUACCUGCAGAGCAUCUACCAGGUGCCGGUGGCGGCCGUGCGGACCCGGGUGCAGCACGGUUCCAACAGGAAACGGGACCACAGAAACGUGCGGGUGAAAAAGCCGGACUACAAGGUCGCCUAUGUGCAGCUGGCGCACGGGCAGACCUUCACGUUCCCCGACCUGUUCCCUGAGAAGCCGCCGGGCGCCGAGGGCGGCACUGACUCGGACCUCCAGGAGCAGCUCCUGCAGGAGCAGCAGCAGAGGCAGAGCAGUGACCCCAGGCGUGGCGGCGUCCCCUCCUGGUUUGGCCUGUGA